AAUUUAGUAAAUUCAAGAUGGAGGCGCUUUCCUACUGAUUAUGCUUCCACCUCAGAAGAUGAAUUUGGAUCAAACCGUAAUUCUCCUAAACAUGCCCGUCUACGUACUUCUCCAGCCCUGAAAACUACUCGAAUGCAGAACAUUGGAACACCAACACAAAGUAGCAAUACCUUCAAGCAUAGGAUAAAGGAACAGGAGGACUACAUUCGUGAUUGGACUGCUCAUCGAGAAGAAAUAGCAAGGAUCAGUCAAGACUUGGCUCUCAUUGCCCGGGAAAUCAAUGAUGUAGCAGGAGAGAUCGAUUCAGUGACUUCAUCAGGCACUGCUCCUAGUACCACAGUAAGCACUGCUGCCACCACCCCUGGCUCUGCCAUAGACACUAGAGAAGAGGUAGGAGAUCUUCAUGGAGAAAUGCAUAAGUUAGUUGACCGUGUGUUUGAUGAAAGUCUAAACUUCAGGAAGAUUCCUCCAGUAGUAAAUGCUAAAACACCAGAUGGAAACAUUCGGCCAAAUGAUCCCAAACCACAGACAACAGACUUAUCUGAACCCCCCACAAUUACGCGUCGUCGAACCUGGAGCAGAGAUGAAGUUAUGGGAGAUACCUUGCUGUUGUCCUCAGUCUUCCAGUUUUCUCGGAAGAUUCGGCAAUCCAUAGAUAAAACAGCUGGUAAAAUAAGAAUAUUAUUCAAGGACAAAGACCGGAAUUGGGAAGACAUUGAAAAAAAACUGCGAGCUGAAAGUGAUAUCCCAAUUGUGAAAACAUCAAGCAUGGAAAUCUCAUCAAUAUUGCAAGAAUUGAAGAGAGUGGAGAAACAACUGCAAGUGAUCAAUUCAAUGAUUGACCCUGAUGGAACAUUGGAUGCUCUAAGCAAUUUGGGAUUUGCUAAUACUGUCCAAGCAGCUCAUCCUAAGCAGAAAUCCAGUCCUGGUUCUCAAAGCGCCCAUCCUCAAAUACAGGCCAACUGUCUCCCUGAAGCAAAGGCUAUACGCCCAGCCACCACCGCCUCUACUUCAAGUGAACUUGGCAAUGUUGAAUCUGAGCAUGAUUUCAGCAUACAUUUCAAUAGGUUCAAUCCAGAUGGAGAAGAAGAAGAUCCAACUUUGUGUGAAUGACAUGAAUGUUAUCGGUACCUUUAGUAUUGAAUGUGCAAAAUUCAUUAAGAGUCUUAGCAUCCUUCAAACAGUAAAAAAAGGUUGGUAAAAUUGUGGUUGCUUUGUUAUUACCAACUACUUUAAUUGUGAUAUUUGGGAUGUCACAAACCAUUUGACUCAUUGAGAUAAACAUUGGUACCAAUGAAGAUGCACAGUUUGUGAUCAUUUUACAAACUUCACAAACAUUUGCUUUGAAUAUUUUCCUCCAUAGUUUAUUUAGUUUAAGCAGACUUCAACCAGGCAAUAGUCCUUCAUUUUAAAGUUCUAAGUCUCCUAUGACAAGGUGAUCUUAAUUAAGUCUCUUUACUUAAAUUUGUAUAAAAUGAUCACUUAAGUUUGAUUCUGAAUAAAGGGAGCUAAUUAGGACAUUACAUUUUAAUGACAUGGUCACACCACAAUAUAAGGAAAAACAGGCUUCAGAAUAAUUAAUUGUUGCAUCCUGAAGAUUGCCUAAAGGUUUACAGGGCUCAAAUAUUAUGUUUGCACUAAGAAUUUGCUGAGAGUGAAGAAUGAACAUAUCAGUAUCAGUAGGAACUAAUUACGCUGUACUUUGGAAAAUGAUCAAAAUUGUCUUUUUUUUUUUUUUUAAGCCACUUUGACAGUGGUGUAAGUCAACUUUCCAGGACGAUCCUUUUGGCGAGGAUCCUAUUCAAUAUGUCUUUUUGAUGUUAAUGAAAUUAAAUGUUACAUAAUUUCUGUUCAGAUGCUUGGAACUACAAAACCAAUUUAAAUAUAUUGCUGUGUGUGUCUACUGCUUGAAAUUCUUUCUUAAUGCUAUAUUACCAAGGUCAGACACAAAAUUCAUUUUAAGUACUCCUUGAGAUGAUCAUGAGUUGUGAGAUUUUCUUCCAAAGUUUGGAGAUAGGGUAGUGAUAAUCUAAUCAUUAGGUUGACUCCAGGCAUACAAAUUAUUCAUGUUUUCCUGUAGAAUCUCUAGUAAAUCUAUCUAAUAUGUUUAUAAGAAUUUCUGGAAGAAACUGCUAACAUAGGCCUUUUGCUUAUUCUGCUUAACAGCAAAUCUAUUAAAAUAUCACAUAUAAGCCUAUUUAUCUUUAAAACUGUCCCAGUUUUAACAUUUGGAAAUAAUAAUAAUAAUAAUAAAAGUAAACUAUCUUGUAUUUCCAGAACACUGUAAUUUCAAGAACUUCUGUUAAAUGCAACUAAUAACUGGAAAUUUCCUGUGUUUUUGCAUCAGUCUAUAUACUAAAAUUAGAAAUACAACUUUGAAGCUUUUAUGAACUAGUCUUUAAUAUUUCAGCAAUAAUCAUAUGUGUCAGUUGUUUAAAAAUACUUCUUUCCUGUACAUUUUUAAACUGUACAGGAUUUUGGAAGUCAUUGCAAAGCUUGACCAAGUAAAUAUACAAAAAACUUUUUUUGUAGUGAUAUAAAGAACCCAAUAAUCCUGUUGUAUAUUGGAUUUACUUUUUUGUUUGUUUGUUUUAAAAUUUAAAAUCUGCCUCUUCUCAAACUCUGUAUCCCACUCAGAGGUCAGGAAACAAUUGUUUACAGAUACUAUUGCGGUUUAAACUGUAUGAUGAAAAUACAUAUAUUGAGAGUAGUGAUGUUUUGGCCAUCAUCAUUCCUUCCUAUCUUUUCAAUGCUUGGGAGAAUCACAAACAUACAAGUAUGAGAAACUAGGAAAUAGUUAUGGAAAAAUUAAACAUUUUGACUCUUAACACAAUUCUUUUUGUGUAUUCUUUUCCAGACAUUUACACAUUUUGUGUUCUGUAAUAUUUGCAUUUACAAUUUUCUUAUUUGUAUGGAUGCAUACUCCUUAUUUAUUUUUGUUACAUUUAUUAUGUAUGUUGUUACAAGCAUUUACAGCUCCAUUUUUAAAUAAAGUGU